AUGUUAAAGGGUCCUUGUCAGCCCCAAAAUCAUGACUUUCCAAAACGACAAUUUGGAGUAACAAUUAGACGAUUCAAUCAUUCGUGGUUUAAAGAGUUCGGUAGUUGGUUGGAGUACAGUGUAGAGAAGGAUGCUGCUUAUUGUUUGUAUUGUUAUCUUUUCAGAACAAGUUCUGGAAAGCAAGGUAGAGGUGAGUCUUUUGUUGGCGAAGGUUUUACAUAUUGGAAAGAUAAAAAAAGGCUUCAUACUCAUGUUGGACUUCAUGAUAGUGCACAUAAUCAAGCUCGCAUUAAGUGUGAAGUGUUGAUGAAUCAAGAGCAACACAUUCAAUCAGUUUUCUACAAACAGUCAGAACAAGCAAGAAAUGCAUAUGUCACAUGCCUUAAUGCAUCCAUUGAUUGUGUUCGAGUUCUUUUGCGACAAGGGCACUCAUUUCGAGGUCAUGAUGAAUCUGAGGAUUCUUCCAAUCCAGGUAACUUCUUAGUGCAAUUGCAAUUUUUGGCUGCUCAUAAUGAAGCUAUCAAUGCCGUUACAUUGGGAAAUGCUCCUUACAAUUGCAAAUUGACAUCACCUGAUGUUCAAAAGGAUAUAGUAAAUGCUUGUGCUAUUGAAACGAUCAAUGUUAUUAUCAAAGAUGUUGGCGACUCACUAUUUUCUAUUCUAGUUGAUGAAUCUUGUGAUGUGUCAAUGAAGGAGCAAAUGUCUAUUGUUUUACGUUAUGUAGACAAUAGUGGGCAUGUCAAUGAACGCUUCAUAGGGAUUGAACAUGUUACAAGUACCACGGCUCUAUCACUUAAGACUGCAAUUGAUAAGGUAUUUUCUAGAUAUAACUUGAGUAUGUCUAGAUUGAGAGGACAAGGUUAUGAUGGAGCAAGUAAUAUGCAAGGUAAGUUUAAUGGUCUGAAAACACUCAUUUUGAAGGAGAGUCCAUGUGCCUUUUACAUUCACUGUUUUGCUCAUCAACUCCAACUUGCGCUUGUGGCUGUAGCAAAGAAGAACAUCCCUAUUACUAAUUUCUUUCGUGUGGUUGGGAACGUGAUAAAUACUGUUGGAGCAUCUUCCAAGCGUUGUGAUCUUUUUCGAGAAAAACAAUUAGACUUUAUUGUUGAGGCAUUGGAAAAAGGUGAGAUUUUAAGUGGACGGGGACUUAAUCAAGAAACAACCCUUCAGCGCUCUGGUGAUACACGAUGGAGUUCACAUUAUAAUUCUUUGGUCAGCUUACUUGCCAUGUUCUCUUCUGUUUUAGAUGUACUUGCAGUGAUUGUUGAAGAUGAAUCUUGUUCUUGUGAUCAAAGAUCCGAUGCAACAAAUUUAUUGGAGUUGAUACAAAGAUUUGAUUUUGCAUUUAAUCUACAGUUGAUGAGAAGUGUGUUGGCGAUGUCAAAUGAACUGUCAAAAGCAUUGCAAAGAAAAGAUCAAGAUAUUGUGAAUGCAAUGCAAUUGGUGAGAUUGUGCAAACGAAGACUCCAAAUAAUGAGAGAUGAAGGGUGGGACUCCUUUUUUGAAGAAGUAUGUUCUUUUUGUCAACAACAUUACAUUCAUGUACCCAAUAUGGAUGAUAUGUUUGUACGCCUUGCAAUUCGUGGUCGCCCUCAGCGUAAUUCUCCAGAAAUUACAAAUUUACAUCAUUAUCGAGUAGAUUUGUUCUACUCUGUCAUCGAUUUACAAUUUCAAGAAUUGAAUGAUCGUUUCUCGGAGGUAAAUACAGAGUUACUCCUUUGUGUAGCUUGUUUAUGCCCACAAGAUUCAUUUUCUUCUUUUGACAAGAAAAGCUUAAUUAAACUUGCUGAGCUUUAUCUAUUAGAUUUCUCUGCAGUAGAUGGCAUUGUACUUAGUGAUCAACUUGAGACUUAUAUUUUGGAUAUGCGCUCUAACAAAGAGUUUGAAGGGUUGAAUGGCCUUGGUGAUCUUGCGGAGAAGUUGGUUUUGACAAAGAAAGAUAAGGUAUAUCCAUUGGUUUACAGACUUUUGACUUUAGCAUUGAUUUUACCGGUUGCUACCGCUACUGUGGAGAGAGUUUUUUCUGCAAUGAACAUCGUAAAGAAUAGAUUGUGCAAUCGGAUGGCAUCAUUGCUUUCGAUGGUUUGCAUAUUACGAAAUGAGAUGAAUAUAUUUAAAAUUUUGAAUUCUUCAAAUGUUAGUGGGAAAUACACGUCAAAGAAAGCACAAAAAAAGACAAACUAUAAUGUUCGAGAAAUACUGCCUCAAAUUAUCAAGAAUGAUAGUUCAUAUCGAAAGAUGACUCAUCUGUCGAGAAUAAAUGAAACGAACUGUCAGGAACGACAGUUUAUUGCGACUAAUGGGUCACAUAACUGA